UCGGCUCGGUUCGGCCGCUCACUCCACGGCCAACUUCGCUUCGGUCAACUUCUGUUCGGCUGUGGCCGCGUCGCCUGCUCGCCUCAACGCCAGAGUCUAUCAUUCCCAGGGCAGCUGUGUCCGAACGGCUGAAAUGGCUGAAGUAAUUUCAUCCGUUGGUCUCGGUGGAUAUGAGGAGAAGUAUGUCAGAGAGUACAGCAACGGGACCUCAACUGAAGGAUCAAAUCAUAUUCAGAUGAAUGGAGUAUCUAAUGGGCACUCUGGGGAUAAAUCAAAGGACAAACACCGUGACAAAGAUCGAGACAAGGACAAGCACCAGAAGGACAAGCACCGUGAUAAGGAUAGGGACAAGCACAGAGACAAGGAUAAAGAAAGAGAAAAAAGCAAACACAGCUCCAGUUCAAGUUCCAAGGAUAAAGAUAAGCAUAGCAGCAGCAGUAAGGACAAGGAAAAGUCGAAGGAUAAGGACAGGGAGAAAAGCCGUGACAAGGAAAGGAGUGAACACAAGAGCAGCUCAUCGUCAUCCAAAGACAAGGACCGAGACAAGAGCUCAAGCAAGGACAAGGAGAAAGACCGCAGUGACAAACACAAGAGCAGUUCUAGUCACAAGUCCUCAUCUUCAUCAAGCAAGGACAAAGAAAAGUCCUCCUCCUCCUCUUCUAAGGAUAAGUCUCAUUCAUCUUCUUCAAGCAAAGACAAGGAAAGGAGUAAAGAUCGAGACAAGGAAAAGAAAUUAGACAAAAGUAAGGACAAGGACAGGAAAGACAAGGAUAGAAAGAGCAGUGAUGGUGAUCGCCACAAAGAUAAAGAACGAAGCAAAGACAAGUCGAAGCAUGAUGGAGAUCAUAAGGACAAGUCUAAGGAAAAGGAAAGGGAGAAAAAGCAUGAGAGCAAGGUUGAAGUUAAACGAGAAAUAACUUCUCCCAUCAAGGAAGAGAUACGUUCUCCUAGACCUGCUGCACGUGUUGAUACUACAGAUGACAGUUUGGAUGAUACAUCCCUGAUCAUGGAUAGCUUUAAGCAAGAACCAGAAAGUUCUUACAAUGACUCAUCCCGUUUCAAACAAGAACCUGAAAGUAUGGAUGACACCUCUUAUCAAAAUCAAUCUUCAAUGUUGUCUGCUUCAAAGUAUGAGAGCGAUGGUGAAGAUUCAGAUGCUCCACUAGCGGCCAGGAAGUCUACUGACAAACGCAAAGCUGAGAGUGACAGCGAAGAAGACAAACCACUUCUUGCUCGUGCCCCUCCUAAGAAGGUGAAAAAGGAAGUAAAGAAAGAGGUCAAGAAACGAAAAAGUAAUGCCUAUGAUGAUGAUGACGAGGAUGAUGAGGACAUGAAGCCGAAAAAGAAGAAGAAAGCUCCUGUGAAAAAAGAGGCUCAGCAGGUGGUCAGCCCUAAGAAAAAGAAGAAAGAAGAGGAGGAGCAACAAGUAUGGAAAUGGUGGGAAGAAGAAAAGAAGGAAAGUGGUGUCAAGUGGAAUUUCCUGGAACACAAGGGGCCAUUGUUCGCACCUCCUUACGAGCGACUGCCUGACAAUGUCAAGCUCUCCUAUGAUGGAAAGGAAAUGAGACUGUCUGAAGCAGCAGAGGAAGUUGCUACCUUCUAUGCCAAGAUGCUUGAUCAUGAUUAUACAUCCAUGGAUGUAUUCAACACUAACUUUUUCAAAGACUGGAGAAAAGUUAUGAAUGAAAAAGAACGAAGUACCAUUACUGAUCUGAAAAAGUGCAACUUCAGGGCUAUGGCAAAGUAUUUCCUAGAACAGACUGAAAUAAGGAAAGCUAUGAGCAAGGAGGAAAAGGCGAAGAUAAAAGCGGAAGCUGAUGCACUUAUGAAAGAUAUGGGUUUCUGCACAAUUGAUGGCCAUAAAGAAAAGAUUGGUAACUUCAAGAUUGAACCUCCCGGCUUAUUCAGAGGUAGAGGUGAACACCCUAAAAUGGGUAUGCAUAAGAAGAGGGUAAAUCCCGAAGAUGUCAUUAUUAACUGUAGCAAAGAUUCAGUAAUUCCCAAGGCUCCACCUGGGCACAGGUGGAAGGAGGUUCGCCAUGAUAACAAAGUUACAUGGCUUGCCAGUUGGACUGAAAAUGUGCAAGGUCAAGUGAAGUAUGUUAUGUUGAAUCCUGCAUCCAAACUAAAAGGAGAAAAGGAUUGGGCUAAAUAUGAAACUGCCCGCCAAUUAGCGAAAUCUAUUGACAAAAUUCGGGAUGAUUAUCGUCAAGACUGGAAAUCUAAAGAAAUGCGUAUCAGACAGCGAGCCGUGGCCAUGUACUUUAUUGAUAAGCUUGCCCUUCGUGCGGGUAAUGAGAAGGAUGAAGACCAGGCUGAUACAGUUGGUUGUUGUUCGCUGCGAGUUGAACACAUUUCCCUGGAGGCUGAAAAGAACGGCAAGGAGAAUGUUGUUGUAUUUGAUUUUCCUGGUAAGGAUUCUAUCAGAUACUACAAUGAAGUGCCUGUUGAAAAGAGGGUGUUCAAAAACCUGCAACUUUUCAUGGAUAAGAAGCAGGGUAAUGAUGACCUGUUUGAUCGUCUGAAUACCUCAAUCCUCAACAAACACUUAAGUGAUUUAAUGGAAGGCUUAACUGCUAAAGUUUUCCGUACCUACAAUGCUUCAUGGACUCUCCAAGAACAACUGAACCUCUUAACAAAUCCAGAUGACACUCUUGCUGAAAAGCUUUUAUCUUACAACAGAGCCAAUCGAGCAGUUGCUAUCUUGUGUAACCAUCAGCGUUCAAUCCCUAAAAGUCACGACAAAUCCAUGGAGAACCUCAAAGCUAAAAUCGAAGCCAAGAAAGAUCAGCUGGCCGAGGCUGAGAAGGCAUACAAGGAUGCUAAAAAAACCAAAGCCGCCAACGUUGAGCAAAAGAAGAAAGCAGUUGCCAGGUUUAGAGAACAACUCAACAAGAUGGAAAUCCAGCAGACUGAUAGGGAUGAAAAUAAAACAAUUGCUCUUGGCACUUCCAAGUUAAAUUAUUUGGAUCCCAGGAUCACAGUUGCUUGGUGCAAGAAGAAUGAUGUUCCAGUUGAUAAGGUUUAUAACAAGACUCAGCGUGACAAAUUCCGAUGGGCCAUUGACAUGGCAGGGCCAGACUUUGUUUUCUAAACACUGCCUCAAAACCUGGUGAUAUGAACUUUUAGCUAAAUUGACUCUUUGCUGAGUCUUGACUUAAUUGUAAAACUGUGGAUGAACUUAAGUUGUAAAUUUUUGAUUGACUUACAUUUGUUGCAGUAAAUUGUUCUGUAUUUUACUUAUCAAGCAUGAGGCUGGGUUCAUCUGUGUUUGUGUUCCUUGGUUUCUUCAAUUUUAUUUAAGAUAAAUGGUCUGUGUAAAUGUGAGAUAAUUUAACAGAAAUGUAAGUUAUUAUCUAUUUGUUACAUUGCAGCUGAAAUGUACUUUAUGCACAAGUUCCUUAAUCUGCUUAUGAGAUGUGCCUCACUAGGUGGUUGGUACACCAUAUACCAAUGAUAAUUGAUCUGUGUCUUCUUGCAUGCAAUGCAUGUCUAAAAAAAAAGGGAGAGAGAGAGAGAGAAUAUUUUUAUUAAUAUUGAAAUUGAGUGAAAGUGUCUUGUACAGUUUUGAAUUAUAUUCAUACCAACACACUA